AUGCGCUUCCCCACGAGCGUGCGCUGGCACCGCGACCUCGCGUACAACACGACGUGGAGCCUCCUCGCCGCCGUCGAGCGGUGGAACCUGCGCGCGGACGCGGACGCAGACGCAGACGCAGGGGCGAGGACGGGGACGGGGAUGGGGACGGGCGCGGGCGAGCGCAUCGAGACGGUCGCGGUGACGGGGCUCGCGACGGGCGUCGGGGGCGUCGACAAGGACGUCUGCGCGCGCCAGAUGGUCCUCGCGCUCGCGCACUUUCUCGACGUCCGCAGCGCAGACGGCCGGCGGCGGUGGGCGCAGGACGGCUUUCCCCGCUGGGACGACGUCCUGCCCAUCGCUCGCUCCGUCGAGACGCGUCCGGAGGACGGCAGUCCCGAGCGCGGGGACGGAGCGUAG